GCUGAGUGCGAAGAGAGACAAAGAGAAUGGGCUAGAACCAGGGAGAAGACUCUUUAUGUCUUCAUGGAGGGGAGUCCUGUGCGACAUGCAGUAAUAGAGAAGAUUUCACAAGAAGUAGGAUCCCAGUUGAAGACCUUGAAGUCCCUGUCAAACACAAGAUGGGCAUGCAGAGCAGAAGCAGUGACUGCUGUAAAACAAAACUACUCCAUCAUUUUACAAGCUUUACAAGAGAUUAUCGAAACAACUCGCCUUGCUGACGCUAAAAUAAAAGCCAGGGGCCUUAUCCAUGAACUAAAUUCAUUAAAGUUCAUCUUUGCCCUUCAUAUGAUGCACCCUAUUCUCCAGAUGGUGGUAAAAGUGAGUAAGGCUCUUCACGCUCCAGAUCUCAACUUACUUACUGCAAUGACAGGGGUGAAAAGCUUGUGUAACUCUUUGGCUGCAAUGAGAAGUGGCCCAGAAUAUUUUCAAUCUAUUUUCAAUGACAGUGUGAAAAUGUGUGUAGAGAAUGAUAUAUUGAUUCCUCCAGUUAAGAAGAGAAAAAUGUCCACUUGUAUUGAUGACGCGUUUGAGUCCCAGCAUCACUUUGAUACAAAAGAGGAGCAGGAGAGAAUAACUUCAUUUUACCCACUCCUAGACUCAAGGAUUACCGGCAUUGACCAGUGAUUUGAACAGGAGACUUGUAAAAUUGUGACUGCAAUGGGAAAACUGCUGAGCUUGAACAUUGGCAGGGACGAUAUGAGAAUCCUUGCCAACAAAUUUAAAGUGUCCUUGGAUGAGUUGGAAGCUGAAGUCGGCUUGUUUUGGGGUUAUGACGGAUCUGUUCCUAAAGGAAGCACUACAGACAUCACCAGAGAGUGGCGUGAAUGACUAAAGGAAUCUGAUCGGUCUUCCAUGUUCUAGUCCUUUUACAAAUCUUUCAAUGCUUUGCAGUCUUACCUGUUACAAGCUGUUCACGUGAAAGAGCUUUUUCGAAACUAGCACAUGUAAAAAACAAACUAAGAAGUACAGUGUCCCAACAGCGCCUCGACUCACUCAUGAUUUUGUACAUUGAACAAGAAUUGGCUUCGUCAGUUAAUUACAAUGAUGUGAUUGAGGAAUUUAAGUCCAUAACACCUGGUGAGCGACGUCUCAUUCUCUAGGACAGGAAGAUGAAGAAAACUUAAUCUGUUUUGGUCAAUUUGGGUUAGUUCAUUAUCUGGUUAAAGAUAAAGAUCAUGCAAAUUGACUGUAUCUUUGUAUACGCCUGGUUAUCACU